AUGGAGAAGCUCAUGUCUGAUCCAAGCGCUGGCUCCAAGGCGGCUAGCUACCCCAGCCUUGGUCGAAUCUCCAAAUCGGCCGGCAACGAGUCCAUUGAAAAACGAUCAAUGUCUGUGCAAGAGACGGGUCAUCAUCCCCUGUCUUUUCAACAACCGUCCAAGAUGUCCCGUCGCCGAGCCACGAGCCAGAUUGCCUCCCCUGUGGUUGAUUUUGAAGUGGCUAUUGCAGAGAAGCCACGCAAGGCCACCCAGACCCAUCAACCAGAGGACGAGCCCAAGUCAUAUUACAUUAUCAACCCCAAAAUCCCCGGUUCGGCUUGGUUUAUCACCAAGGGAAAGAGGAAUUCCAGCAAAUUCGAAUAUCAAGUUGAAAGAGUUCCAACUCAUCUUGUCUAUGUCCAGCAGAAUCGCAUAGGGUACCUGGUAGAGACAGCAAUUCGUGACGAUGUGACCGGGGCCGUUGCAGAUCAAUCCGUGUCCUGGACCCCUAAACUCCAGAGUGAUUCUUCCACCCUCACAUCUUCUUCCACAGAGCAAGCCGACAAUGCCACAGGAUCGCAGCCCGGUAAAAGGGUGAAUCGGUUCGAGCGAGAUGAUUCCGAGGGUCAAGUCCACACGCAGCCACACGAUGAGUCGAAUAUCAUUCUUGAGCACAGAGACAUUCCACUCAUCACGAAGAGCAUUAUUCGCCAGUUGCGCAUAGCUGGCUUCAAACAACACCACCCUAGCAUGGAGGGGGAUGAAGCUGUAUUGCCAGAAGACGACGAAGAGCUCGAGAACACCAUUAAGGCUAGUCUAAUGGGGUUUAGGAGUCCAGUACAACGCAGCAAUACACAGGAGACAUUAGUGGAAGAGGCCUCUCCUCAAAGCAGACUGCCGGCCCAGUCUGCAUGGGAGAACGCAAAUCGACACAUGAAGCCGCGACCAUCCACAGUCGCAGGCCCAGCUAUUACGUUGAGCACACCCCAGACGGCAUUCACCGUCGCCGAUUCAAGUCGCAAGCACAGUCGACAGCGAGAGGCAUCAUCGAUGACAAGAUUGGUCUCGCCGCACAGCGUCACCGCAAAAGCCUGGACGAAGCAUGACGGUCAUUCUGGAGAACCAUCCGAGAUCUCAGCUUCCGCCGACAAUUCGCCAGAUAAGCACUCGGCAGAAAAGCGCCAAUCUCGGUCUUCUAACGACCAUAGCCAGGAUCAGGAGCUGCAGACAUCGCAGGCCUCUCUCGGUUCUUCUAACGUCGCGUCGACUAUCACGUCGUUUCCGAAACUUCUUUCCCGGCAUUGUACUCGCGAAUGGAUCAAGCCCAUCGCCAACCUGGAAGAUACCUCGACAAGUUCAUCCCACCAGGUGAUGAAUACGCAGACUGAAGAUCUUUCACACCACCACCGGGCGCAUUUCGAUGAAGAUCCGGUGUCAAUGAGCUGGGAUAACGAUACUCUUCAUUCUUCCAACGCCUCAGGCUACUUCGCGAAUGAAGCUCCGAGUGCCAGACGCUCAACGGUAUCCCAGCCUUCGAUGAAGAACUUGAAGCAUUUUGGUACUCAUCUCGGUUCGGCGGCGCAUCGACGUCGAAGUUGCCCGGCCGAGGAUUCCAAGGCCGCCCCUUCGCAGGACCACUUCUUCCCCAACAUCCUGGGCAAAUUCUUCGCCGGCCGAAGGUAUGGAUCGCCUCCGAAACGCACCUCUACUGUGUCUUCGGAGGAUAGAGCCAGGAUACACGAGGCCCUCGUUGCGGGGAGCGGCGCGGCGGUGGACAGGCGUCGCCGAGAUACGUGUUCGGAGGACUACAGGCCUCAUGUGUGCGCGGAUGACUUGGAUAAUUGA